UUAAACUAUCUAAACAUUCCAAGUGACAUAUCUAGAAAUCGACACCAAGCAGGAAUCCUGAAGAAAUUUGUGUGUUUUACGAGUGAAAUUCAUCGCUCAACAAUUUAAUUACUGACUAAAAUUUUGAUUUUUAAAUUAACUUUUAACAAAACGUCAACUCCGCAAAUUCAACAUUUAUUGGUAAUGCCCAUCCUUAAAUGAAACGUAGCAGGAAAUAGGAACGAAAAUUUAAAUUGUGCAGCCUAAUUUAAUCGAACCCAGUAAACCAUGUCGGAUAUCAAACUAGAUGUGCCAGCCGAAGAUGACAUGGCCACCCGGGUAUUCUGGGAGAUCCUUUCUCCCUUGGGAUACAUUCCCCAACCGGUGAAGGAAGCCCUCCGAACCACGGGCUUCGAUAACCUUCUGUCGCUAUCGGCGAUGCGAGAAUCCGAUCUUGACGAAAUUACCACCCAGUAUAAACUACCAAUGGGCCAUCGACGGCUGAUACGGGUCCUUUCGGAACGGAUCAAUCAGUUGGGAAUCGAUGACCUAACGGCGAAGCUACUGCGGAAGCUAGACCGCCAGGCAACCACCAUUGUCAAGGUGUCCAAGCCUACACCUCCGAAUCCAACUAGCAGUGAUUCUCGAGAUGAACCGCCACCCUCUCGACCUGUACCAUCACCGGAAAGCUUAGUCGAAAUGUACCGCACCAAGCUUCAGCAGAAUAUUCUCUCCUGGUUGACUACACACGGUGAAGUCGGCUCGAAGGAAAUCGAACUUCAGGAUAUCAAUAUCAACGUAUCUAUGCAGGAGGGCAAACUCCAGGGAUCAGUAAUCUGUCCCUUCUGCAGGAUGGAAAUCAAAAUUUACAUUAGAGCACCGGACGCGGACAGCAGUGGUGCCAUCGCCAACUCAAACUAUAUUAAGCAUUACAACCGGAUGCACCGGAAAGCUCCACUGCCUCCGAAGUCACCGGCCGCGGGCAGUUGGAAUCCAUCGUUCGGUACGCCUCCACCGGGCACCAUGAUGACCUUGGAGCAACACCAACAAGCACUGGCUCACCUGCAUGCCGAACAGCAAGCAGCUGCCUAUGCGGCCGUUACGGCUGCGGCCAGCGUCGGUCCCAGCGGAAGUGGAAGCGGCAGUGUAUCAAACGGAGGGCAAUUGCCUAACCCGGCAGCCGUCUACGAACUGCUUUUCAAACAGGAAUCCAAUAGCUGGGAUGAUUAGUGAUAGUUAAUGAGUAGAACUGAACAUUACUUCAUUUAUGUAUAAAAUCAGAACUGGACAAACUUAGGAGCAGUAGAAAAACUGUAGUAGGAAGUUUACAAACAUUUAAACGUUUUAGUGGUUUUCGAAAUAUAUCAAUCAUUAAUCAAGGUAAGAAUUGAUGAGGUUAAACAAUGAUCAUUGGAAAUGGAAACAAAAUUCAACUGAUUCACAAUGAAGAAAAAUAUGUAGUAUUACCGAGUUGUCUUGAAUUCAAAACAAGAGCCAUAUUCCGAACAAUCGGCAAUUUUUUUAGUAAAAACCAUCGGUUUUUCCACAAGAUUAGUAUUUUUUUUAAAGAUUUUAUGUAGUGGCGAACUCUCCAUAAACUAAAAGCUAGUACAAUGAAGUUAAAAAUCUUAUCUUUAAAAUCGUCAUUGUUCGGAUUAUGCAGUCAAUUGAGUUGGAAUUUGAGAUAAAACGGUAUGCAACACACAGGUAAUAGAUAUACGGAAAUUAUAUUCACAAUUGCAACUUUGUUUGUCAGUUUUGCUGCCUUUAAAGUUGUCCACGGCUGCACAGUAAUCUAUAGAGUAGGAGUUUAGGUCACCUCGCCAACUAAAGCUCGAACGAGUUUGAUACGAGCAGAAAAUUGUAUUUAAACCGAGAUUUUUUUACCCAGUUUUCUUUAAUUGGACGUAAUAUGUGUAAGUUUGUUAGUACUAAGUCAUGCUUCGUGAUUUUUACUUGCGUUUGAAUUGCUUUGAAAAAUAUCACUUGAUUGCUAUAUUAUUUGACAGACGCCGCAACUUACAUCUUAACGUGUCUUUAAUAUUCCCACGUAUACCGAAUAAAUGUGACUGUAUUUAGUAGUAUAUUUUGAAAACGUUUUCGUUGCGCUGUAAACCUUAUAAAAUAACUAAACGCUAGAAAUAUAAAAAUUGAAAACUGAA